AUGGUAACCUUAAAUGGUGUUACUUUUCUCAUUGAACUGCCUUUAUCCAUCAUUUCUCCUACUACCCUUGUUACCACGACCAUGAUUGCCACGAAAUUCUCCUAUUCCAUGAUCGCUAUUUGCCAACGAACAUUUUUCCAUGGGCAAACCCCCAACAACAACCUUCUUCCUCCCACCCCUCCAAAGCUUCCUUUGUUGGGCCAUCUGCACCUCAUUGGCUCCCUCCCUCAUCGCUCUCUCUCUCAGCUUUCAAAAAAAUAUGGCCCCGUCAUGCUCCUCCAAUUGGGCUCUGUCCCAACCAUCGUAAUCUCCUCUGCCGCUGCUGCAAGAGAGUUGUUUAAAUUUCAUGACCUUGCUUCUUGCAGCCGCCCUCUCUUAACGGGUAGUGGAAGAUUUUCCUACAACUUCGUGGACCUAAAUCUAUCAUCGUACGGUGAACGUUGGAGGGAACUUCGGAAGAUUUGUAUGCUUCAGCUCUUCAAUGCUAGGCGGGUACAAUCUUUUCAGGAAAUUAGAGAAGAGGAAGUGGGGCGCCUUCUAAACUCCAUCUCUCAAUCCUCUUCUUCUUCAGCUCCAAUUGAUCUGAGUGACAAAUCCUAUUCUCUCACUGCAAAUAUAACAUCAAGAGUUGCUUUUGGCAGCAUCUUCAGCGGGGGAAAAUUAGAUGAUGAACACUUUCAACAUCUUAUGCGGAGAGCAAUUGCAGCUACUGGAAGCUUCUCCAUGACCGACUUCUUUCCUACUUUCGGUUGGAUUAUUGAUCGGUUAAAUGGUGUUCAUGGGAGGCUGGAGAAGAGCUUUGUUGUGCUGGAUGCCUUUUUUCAAAGUGUAGUCGACAAUCGCAUCAACUUCAAGGAGAGUUCUAAGAAGGAAGAAAACAUUGUUGACGUUUUGUUGAGAAUGGAAAGGGAAAGCUCUGAAUCUGAUGCACUAAAAGUAACCCAAGAUUUCAUCAAAGCACUUAUCAUGGAUAUUUUUAUAGCAGGAGUAGAAACAGGGGCAACCCCCCUUGUUUGGGCCCUGACAGAGCUAGUUAGGAAUCCAAGAGUGAUGAAAAAGCUCCAACACCAUAUCAGAAAUUGCAUAAAAGACAAUUCAGUAAAAGAGAUGGACUUAGAAAAGCUUGAGUAUCUAAAAAUGGUAGUGAAAGAGGCUUUGAGAUUGCAUCCACCACUCCCACUUCUACUUCCAAGGGAAACCAUCUCCCCUUUUAAGCUCAACGAAUACGAUAUGGACCCUAAGGCUCAUCUUCACAUUAAUGUAUGGGCCAUUGGUCGAGACCCGCAAUCUUGGACUAACCCAGAAGAGUUCCUUCCCGAGAGGUUUAUAGGAAGCAAUAUCGAUUAUAAAGGACAGAACUUCGAGUUAAUACCUUUCGAAAGCGGACAAAGAAUUUGCCCUGGAAUGAAUAUGGCAACCCUUACGGUGGAGUUGGCAGUGGCUAACCUGUUGCUGUGUUUUGAUUGGAAACUAGCGGAUGGAAUGAAAGAAGAAGAUGUUGAUACAGAAGAGGCGGCUGGUCUUGGGGCUGCCAAGAAAUCACCCCUUAAGCUUAUUCCAGUUCCUUACUUUUAUCUAAUUUUAAGUUUGGAGUUUAUGCCUCCGCAUAUGGAACUUGACGUUGCUGCUUCUUCAAACGUGGUGCCUUCCCAAGUGGGUCUGGAGGUUGGCAUUGUGGUGGUUUACGUUGACCCAAUUGCGGCGGUGACUGAGUGGGUAGCAGAGGAUAUUGGUUUAUAG